AUGGAUUCGGGUGGAAAAUGUGCGAGUGAAGUUAUUCAGAUGACUUUAAGAUCAGCUUUAAUGAUGUUCAAUCAUAUUUUUAUUUUAUUGGUUAUCACUGCGAGCUUCUUCGUAAACGUUUUCACCGUCAAAAAACUCUACAACCAUAAUAUUUUUCCGGAAGGCACUAGAAUUCUCUUAUGGUCUGCGAUUGGAAAUGGAUGCAUUCAUCAGAUUACAGUUGCAGAAAUUCGACUUAUCACCAUCUAUCGCGUAUUGGUACAUGGUUCUGAUCGUUGCACAAUUCUGUUCCCUUCCUCUGGUUGUGUCUAUGAGCAAUAUUUCUAUUACUACACCAACUUCUUCACCUCAUUCUGCUGCAUUUCCUUGUUUUUCGAUCGUCUUCUCUCGACGAAUUGUAUCGCAUAUCAGUACAAGUACAAGUUCUUCGUUAUGAUCUUUUUAACGUUUCAAACAAUUCUUCCGUUAUUCAUUCUUAUAUGGGUUUAUUCAAAUGGAAACACCGAUGGAUAUGUUGCAAUGUGCAACUAUCCACCAAUGUCAGUUGCUUGGAAAUAUUUCUAUAUUAAUCGACUCCGACUCGUUAUCCUUGGAACAUUUUUUAUCUUAUCUAUUUGUAUAUUUUAUUAUAACAAAAACGUUGAGAAGAAAAUCAUCCACAAAAUUUAUGACACCGUUUCAAGAUACAAGUCCUAUGAAAAUGUGUUGGCAACAAAAGCCGUGUGCAUUAUCAUUGUCUCUCAAACUGCAUGUCUUGUUAUCACUGCCACUGGAACGGAACAGAUCAGAAAGUUCUUCUCACCGACGAUGAUGGAUCCAUUAACUGGAUUUAUGACAGGAGUGACUUAUUGCAAUUUCUGUUUGCCAAUCAUCAUUCUCUACCAAACAUCUCAAAUCAUCCAACGUCGUAAGCGAGCGAUUCAUGAGUUGACUGAUCAAACUAAGGACUCAUCAAAUGAACAUUUUAUUUCAUUGCGGAACGCAUGGAAUCACAUCACAAAGACAUAG